GAAGAGAAGAAAUAGCGGAAGACGAGAACGCGUCUCCUGGAUACGGAGAGAAGCCGAGCAAAUGUGGAUAUAAACAAUAUUUUUAUUUUAGUUUUAUUUGAAGAACAUAAAUUAAUAACGCGAUUAAACUGUUCCUCGGUUUAUAUUAUAGAAAAAUAUAAAUGAUGUUUUAGGAGUCAUGCUGAGAAAUGGCUAAGGUGACUGAUCCCCUGCAGGCGUCUCUCAGUGUGGUCGGAGCGUUGGAGUGUGUGGUGCGGCGCUGCGUGGGGCCGAGCGGUGGGACGGUGAUCUUCACUAAAGACACGGGAGAAACACUAAUCACCAAACACGGACACCGCGUCCUCACUGCACUGCACCUGGAGCAUCCUGUAGCCAGGACGGUGUUGGAGUGUUUGCGUGCACACGAUCGUGUUACAGCGGACGGUUCGAAGUCGUUUGUCCUCCUGCUAGCCGCGCUGCUGCGGGGAAUCCGCGACUCUGUGCACGACUCUGCACACACACGCCGCCGCCACGCAUCCUGGAAACUGGCCAAUCAGCUUCACGCGUUCUGCUGGGACGGGUUGGAUGACGUCAUAGCUCACGGCGUCGUUCCUUACGCCUCGUCUCUGUUCGGUCCCGGCGGAUGUGAGCCGGAGGGCGGAGUCUUGGCUGCGUUGGUGGCCGGAUACGUGGGUGGGCGGGUCAGUCCCGGUCAGGCCGAGGUUCUCACGCCGCUGCUGUGUGAGCUCUACACGAGGGUCGCACACGGAGACGCGGACAGCGAGGCCAUCUCAUUUAUUCACGCAAACUUCUCUCAGCUGCACGCGGCCGUGUCGGGACUACACAGCGCCCAAUCACGCGUGGUGGAAGGUCUCCUCCUGCCCUGUGAUUGGUCCGUUUGGAAAGAGACAGACGGUCCGGUGAAGGCGCUGGUUGUUUAUGAGAAAUUAGACGAACGUUAUGAUGAAAGUGUGAGUAUUCAGUUUCAGGAGGACUGGACAGUUCAGAGUGACAGCGUCAUACAGGAGAGAUUAGCGACAAUCCUGCGCCUCCAGGUGAACGUCGUGUUGUCGGCGGUGAAGCAGCCGGACCGCGUGCUGGCGUGGGCGUGGCUGAACACCGUCUCCGUGCUGGACUGCUGCGAUCCGGGGCAGCUGGACCUGCUGUGUGAACUCAGCACGGCAGAAACGCUCACAGUGCAGCCACUGAUGCGCGUCGGGACGCUGACACACUGCCGCCGCUUUCAGCUCGGAGGACGCAGAUACGCUAACGUCGGGGUCACACACACGUCAGUACACACACACACCCUGGUGCUGUGCGCGCCCGCUGCAGGACCGCUCGAACAGAGCGUGAGCGUGAGCCGUGGCGUGUUCUCCAUGCUGCAGCAUCUGAGUCUCUCUCACAGACACAACAACGUCUCACCGCGUCCUGACGAGCAGCGUCUCGCGUCCUCGCAGCGUCUCGCGUCCUCGCAGCGUCUCGCGUCCUCGCAGCUCCACUCGCCGUGUCCGAACCUGCACCAGUGUGUUUUAAACGCUGGUGAUGUCAUCCCCGUGGGAGGAGUUUUCGAGUUUGUGUUCCAUCACUCCUUGCUGCACAGUAACCAUGGCGACCCCGAGAUCCGGAGACUCCUCGCCGAGGCCGUACUGAGCGUGCCCAGAUCUCUGCACUCCCACAGACCCGGAGAUUUCCUGCAGCAUCUCGUGCACUUCACGAAUAGUCUGCUGCAGCGCCGUCCAAUCAGAGAGCACGGCUCAGGGUCAGAGUUCAUGUGGGGUUUGGGAGCAGAUGGAUCCGGGUGUGUGUGUGUGGAGCCGGUCUGUAGUAAACACCAGUUGGUGGCGUCUGUGCUGCAGUGUGUGAACAGACUGUUGCGUGUGGAGACUGUGAUACACACAUCGAGGUCACUCGCCCUCGCAGCAUCGUCCGAGCCUGACAGUGAAGAAGAUGAUGAUGAUGGAGAAGAAGAAGACGAUGAUGAUGAUGAUGAUGAUGAUGAUGAAGACGGGACGUGACUCCAUGUGACCGCUUUCCUCUAAAAAUGACCUGCACAUGUCAUUUAAAUCAUUUAAAUAAUCUAUGAAUAUGUAAAUUUGGAAACGCCCCCAUGUCCUCCUGCCAUCUUUAACAUUUUCUCACUGAUUUAUUUAACAGAAGAAAAACCUGUCAGAAUAUAUUUCAGUGUUACCACGACAACCACCUUCUCCUCAUCGCUAACGUUAGCUUGGUAGAUGGUUAGAGCCUCUGCAGCCAAACGUUAGCACGUUGUUAUCUUCUAAUAAUUUGUAUAUUAGACAUGAUUGGUCCAAAGCUGUUGUGUUUAUUAAGUUACGUCGCAAACUAAGCUCAUACAAUCACAAUUAUUACACAAACACGCAACCACACAAACAGACAAACAACCACAUAAACAACCACUAAAGCAACCAAACUCUUAAACAACCAACCACUAAAACAAUCACACAAACAACCACUAAAACAAUCACACAAACAAACAACCACACAACACACAAGCCCACAGCCACGCAAACACUCAAAUAACCUCACACACACACACACACACACACACACACACACACAC